AGAUGGAAUCAGUCUUCUCCAUCCCAGCUUCCUUAAAAGUGAUUGGGCCUUCCCAGCCCCUUCUCGUCAGAGUGGGAGAAGACAUACAGUUCACCUGCUCCCUGUCCCCCAAGGCUAAUGCACGGAGCAUGGAGGUGAGGUGGGUCCGAUCCCACCGUUAUCCUGCUGUUUAUGUGUAUAUGGCUGGAGAACACCUGUCUGCAGAGCAGAUGGCAGAAUAUAGGGGGAGGACAGUGUUGGUGACUGAUGCCAUCGGCGAGGGGAGACUGACCCUGCAGAUACACGAUGCCAGGACCUCAGACGAUGGGCAGUACCGGUGCCUUUUUGAAAAAGAUGGUGUCUACCAGGAGAACAGCUUGGAUCUGAAGGUAGUAGGUCUGGGUUCCUCCCCGCGGAUCACCCUGGAGGGGCUGAGCGGGGGAGAAAUGCGGCUGAGGUGCUCUUCAGAGGGGUGGUUCCCACAGCCCUGGGUGCAGUGGACGGACACGGAAGGAAAGACAGUGCCAUCCCUUUCCGAGGUGCUGACUCAGGACAGCCACGAGCUGUUCCAGGUGGAGGCAUUUCUACUGGUCACAAACAGCUCUGCUCUGAACGUCACCUGCUCCAUCAGCAACCCCCUUCUUGGCGAGGAGAAAAGGGCAACUUUCUCUCUCUCAGAGCCCUUCUUUCCCAGGACGUGCCCUUGGAAGGUAGCUCUGGCUGUAGUGCUCCCGGCGCUGGCCCUCCUCCUCCUGGGGGUCAGCUACGCUGGCUGGAGAGUACAUCAGGCCAAAGAGAGGGAAGCAAAGAAGACGGAGAAGGAGUCUGGUGAAAGAAAUCAGAUGAAGAAGGACAAGGAAAUGGCACUAAAAGCCAAGGCGGAUCUCGAAGCAGAGCUCGAGAAGCGGAAGAAAUUAUACGCCGCAGAUUGGAGGAAGGCCCUGCUAUAUCCUGACUGGAGGAAGGAGCAGUUCCAGCUUGCUCCUGUGACUCUAAAUCAUAAAAGUUUUCCCCAGAACAGUUCUGACCCAGAGAGAAAAGAGACAUUGAGAGAGGAAACACAGGGUCUCUCUCUUAGCAACAAGCAGGGGGAUUGCAACCUCAUCGCACUCGAUAAGGAAGGCUUCACUUCAGAGAAAUAUUACUGGGAGGUAGAUGUUGAGGGCACUGAGGAGUGGACGCUAGGUGUUUAUGAGGAGCCCACGGACAGCAGUGGAUCAUGCGAAGGUCCACAAAAGAAAUUCAGAGUCUUAGAGAAAAAGGGAUGUGACUACAGGGCUCUGGAGUGUUGUCUCCAAGACAUUUCUCUAGAAGAGCGUCUCCAGAUAGAAAAUCGUCCACAAAAGAUUGUGAUUUUCUUGGAUCAUGAGGAUAGUGACAUUUCUUUCUACAACAUGACUGAUGGUACCCACAUCUUCUCCUUCACCCAGACCAACUUCUCUGGGUCACUAUAUCCUUACUUCCAACGGAAAUCCAUGGAGCUUUCCCCAUCCGCUCAAUAUUAAGUGACUUAGAGGAAAAACCUAUACCCUGAAGAUAGUAGCCCCUUCCCUGUCAAUGCUGCUAGCACUCCAGUCCUGAUGGCAGGCCUCGAGCCCACUGAUUUUGAGGCGUCUUGGCCUAAGGCCUUAUAUAUCUGCAUGACCAGUGCCUGAUCCUCAAGCAGUGUUUCUUAACCUCCAGAGAAGAAUCAUUUCCUCGGUUAUUGUUAUAAAUGUUGUUUCUUGAUUCAUAUGUAAUGUAUCACAGAUUGAUAAUUUUCUAAAAUGAAUUACUGCGAAAUGAAGUGAAUAAAAAAUGACACACAA